AUGUCAGCUAUCACAGAGGAGGAGGCGGCUUUGUAUGAUCGACAGAUACGGCUGUGGGGUUUAGAAGCCCAGUCCCGCCUGAAAAAUGCUAAAAUCUUACUGAUUGGUGUAUCUCCUGUCGCCUCAGAAAUCAUUAAGAACCUAGUCUUGGCUGGCAUAAACACACUCACGAUGGCCGAUGACAAACUAGUGUCAAAGGAAGAUAUCGAAUCCUGCUUUCUUUUUAAACCUUCACAUCUGGGAAAAGAGAGGAACCUGUGUGCAUUAGAGCGAGUUCAGGUUUUAAAUGCAAUGGUAAAAGUUAACACGGACGCUUGUGUAUGUCCUGCUGAACUAAUGAAGAAAUAUGGCGAAUACGAUGAAGUUAUAAUAUCGUAUGAAGUCAAUAGCAGCAUUGUUUCCAAUUGGUGUGAAUGUAUCAAACAUAUUUUCGCCGGAAAUCCGAAACAUCCCAAAGUACUGUGCGUGAACGCUCUUGGCAUGCACGCCUUUGGUUUUACUGACCUUGGAAAUUAUUUUUACAAAGAGUUGGUCCGAGUCUUUGAUUAUUUAUGUUCUAGGGACGAUAAAGUUGCUAUCAAACCUCUGCCCAACAAGGAUUCUGCAAAACCAGUCGCGUCCAAUGGUAACGAGGUUGUCAAGCACGUCGUAUAUCCGCCUUUGGGAGACGUAAUGAAAUUGUCUUGGCCAGGCGAUAAUACCCUUAAUACUCCCGCAAAAAAGAUGCCCAAAGGAUUUUAUCUCUUACAAGCUCUUGAAAAUCUUAAAUCCUCACUAACUGCCGAGAAUCUUCAAUCUUCAUGGGCCGAAACUUGCAAGCGUCUCGGCGUUGCUCAAGAUCUCCUUAAGCAGGAUGAUUUCUCGUCGUGCUGUGGACCGUCCCUGGUUGCUGUCAACGCAAUAGUCGGUGGAAUUCUUGCACAGGAAAUAAUUCAGGCAAGUUCUCAAGCACAGUACUUCCUCAAAUAUGGUCUGUCCCAUCGCGGUGUGCCCAAAGGAAAUUGGUACUUUGUCGACGGCCGAACUUCCGAGGCUGCAGUUUUGUGGCUGCCUCCCAUUGCGGAAUCCAAAUAA